AUGGGCAAACCGACCGCCAACGGACCGGAUUCGCAGCUACACGCUCUGCUGCCUCUGACGCGCGAGCAGCAUCACCGCAUGCUGACCGUCGAUGUCGAAGCCACUCGCAACAACAACCGUCACCACAGCAACAAUACCCGUUCUAGAUCGACCUCCCCUUCCUCUCCCACCAUGUCAAUGCCGUCCCACUCGCCUUCAUCGCCUUACACUGUAGGAUCCUCACCCCGAUCCUCGUCAAUUCCAAGUCCGAAAGAACCCUUCGGCGCUCCACCUCGAUGGUCAGAACGACUCUCUUCUCUCCCUCGAUCCUCAUCGAUCGUCUCCAAGGGUAGGGAAAUCCUACACCGCCCAUGGCGUUUACCACGUUGGCGAUCCAGUCUGUUCGCUUUGCUCUGUCUUCUCUUCCUCGGCACCUCUGCCAGUUACGCGACUUACCACCUUUCAAAUCCUGAUGAAUUCGAUCUGGCUUAUCGCUCAAACGCGGAGCAAGAUCAUUGGUUCAAAGAUGGUAGCUCAGCCGAUCUAACGGAGGAACAAACGAGGGACGGGGAAUAUACCGAACCGAGUUUGAUGAAAUUGAGACAAGCGGUAGGGGACGAGCCUCAAUUUUUAGCCAAAGAUGGAAUAGCUUGGUAUGGGUACGUAUGCGUCGAUUCGGCCUUUGUUUGGUUAGCCGUCUUAUGCUGAUAUAGAGCACUCUGGGGAUGUACAGUUUCAACAAUCGACGAUACAUGCUCGAAGCGACGAUGAACUUGGCGCGCGUCUCCCAUCGCAUACCCAUCCUCCCUUCUCACAUAUGGGCAAGAAGUUGCGUCGUAGAUAGGUGAGUUAAUCACUCUUUCCAUCACAACUUGAAUUCGAGUCUGUUCGCUCAUUAUUCGCUUGUGGGAAUAGUGCGGAUUGCACGAAGCAUGCUUUACAGCAUUUGGCCGAUCGGAAGAACGCUCCCGGGUUCAGGGACGAGUUCAUCACUUGGAACGAGGAUGGCGAAGCUUGGAAAUUGGGGAUAGAGGUGAGAGAAGACUUUUUUUCUCUCUUCUCAAAAAGAUCCAUUCGAAUACAAAACUGAUCAUGUUCUGAUCGUUUUCGCACACACCCACAGCAUUUCAUAGAUCUACCCCACCUCCGUCGAACUUAUGGUCUCUUCCUAACUCAAACCGAAUACUUUUCACUCUACGCCUCUUCCCUCCCUCCGAAUUUCAAGAUUGACUUGAGAGGGUAUUGGGAUCCGAUCCUUUAUAAUCCUAAAGGAAUGACGACGCGGGUGUUGAAUGGGACCAAGCAAUUUCAUGACAAGAGUUGGGUCAGGAUGGAUAGAGACAUUGUGGGUGUGGGAGGAGCGCCGGUCAAGGGUAGAAAAAGUUGGGGGAGGAAAGGAAGGGACGCGAUCGAAGGGGUUGAUGAAAAUGUGGUUAAGGAUUUGAUGAAGGAGGAUCGGACGUACGUUUGGUCUUUGGAGAAAGCGAUCAAAGCGAUGCGGAGAAGGGGGAUUGGAGAGGGGAAACAUUUGGCAAAGGAGGAAUGGGGGAGGGCGUUGGUGAGAGAAGCGGGUUUGAGAGAGGUGUACACGUUCGAUGACUCGUAAGUUGGUCACUGUCGGUUUACAGGAUCAGGCUUUAAGGAAGCGCUGAUUUAGAACGCUCGAGUGACCACUCACAGUACCUUGAUGUGUAAAACCGUGGCGCGUCCGUCGACCGAAUACGUCGACCCUUCUCACCUCCGUCCCUUCCAAAUCGAAGCCUUUGAGAACUAUUCGAACGCGACCAUCCUCGCCAUCUCGGGCCAAAUUCACGACCAACGCAAACCGGGCGCCACGCACUUCUCGACCCCUUACGCACGGGACCAAUUCCGCGAUUGGGUGAUCGAAGGUAUUCGACCACCGCGUGUGUACGUUUUAGCGGCGGAGAAGAUCGUUCAAGAGAUGAAGCGAAGGACCAAAGGACGACUUUGGAGGUCCGCGCAUUUAAGAAGGGGUGAUUUCGUGGGUAUCGCGUGGGCACCGGAGAAGGACCCUGUGAGGCAUUUCGAUAAACUCAAGAAUGCCCUUGGUGCGGGUAUCGAAGUCCUUCGACAACGACGAACCAAGAAACCUGGUCGAGGGGCAUUACAACCUUUGAAGAACGAGGAACUCCCUUUUCCGAACGAUCCGUUCUACCUCGCUACGGAUGAGACGGAUCCGAAAGCUUUGGCAUAUUAUAGGAGACAAGGGGCCGUGUUGUUGCAUGAUGUGAUGGGGCAGGACGAAUUGGAGGACGUGUUGGGGUGGAGGGCAAAGUAUUGGGAUUUGUUGGCGUUGGUCGAACAGGAGGUUCUUGCGCAGAGUGAUUACUUUGUUGGGUCUAGGAUGAGUUCGACGACUGGCGGCGCGUUAAAUUCGAGGUUGAGGAGGAGGAGGGAGAAGGAGGGCAGGGAAGGGGAGGGGGAGGUUUUCGUGGAUGCGAGGGACGAUAAUUGGAUCUUCUUGGAGGAGUUCAACGAGAGGGAGAGGGAGGAUCAUGACUAG